UCAGGAGACGCUUCAGUGUUGGGUGUUUCUUAGCAGUGGACAAUGGAAUAAGAUCAGGUCGACAUUUAAGCUGGACCACAAGUAUUAUGCCUUUGGAAUAUAACAUUUCUAGUGGUGCAGAACAUGGCCACGAUGUCUAAGAAUGGAUUUCAAUUGUGGAAAUUGUUAUUUAUGAUUUCUCGCUUUUGGAGCUUGUCGACAGGACAGAUCGUGUACUCCGUGCCAGAGGAAGUAAACACGGGCACUACGGUUGGAAACCUCGCUAAGGAUUUAAAUCUAAAUGUUCAGGACCUUGUACAUCGUGGCUUUCAAAUUGUUCCUGGACCAAAUAAGAGGUAUUUCGAUUUAAAUGCAAAAACGGGAGUUUUGCACGUUCUGGAGAGAAUAGAUAGAGACGCGCUGUGCAGCAGGAGCUUAAAAUGUACCCUCCCGUUGGAGGCUAUUGUUAAUGCGCCACUGAAUAUUUACCGCUUUGAAGUGAACAUAUUGGACGUUAACGAUAACUCGCCUUCAUUUCGCACUCCAGAUAUUUACUUAAACAUUUCGGAAUAUGCUUUACCCGGUGAGAGAUUCACACUGCCACGAGCGCACGACGCUGAUGUGGGGUCUAACACGGUAAAGAGCUAUAAGCUGAGUCAGAAUGAAUAUUUUUCCCUGGAUGUACAGAGCGGAGGAGAGCAGAGUGUAUCUGCUGAUUUGGUGCUGCAAAAAGCUUUAGAUCGAGAAAAACAGCCUGCAGUUCAUCUCACACUGACCGCUGUAGACGGAGGAAAACCUCCCACAUCAGGUACAGCAAAUAUAAUAAUAAACGUAAUAGAUGUGAACGACAAUAUUCCUGGUUUUAGUAAACAACUUUAUAAAGCGCGCGUGACAGAGAAUUCACCGGUAGGGACAUCAGUUAUAACUGUACAUGCUAACGAUGCUGAUGAAGGUCUAAACGGUGAAAUUGAAUACUCUUUUGUUACUCACGACAGCGACGUUGUUGAUGAGUUUAGUAUUAAUCCAGUCACGGGCGAAAUUUCUGUGAGAGGAAACGUUGACUACGAAACUAGGAAUGCUGUCGAGAUCCGUGUUCAGGCGAAAGACAAAGGAGCAAAUCCCAGAGCUGCACACUGCAAGGUACUGGUCGAAAUUAUUGAUAUUAAUGACAACUCUCCCGAAAUAACUGUAACCUCUUUAGUUAAUUUUGUGAAAGAGGACGCUUCUGUUGACACGAUGGUAGCAAUGGUGACCGUUAUGGAUAAAGAUGCUGGAAGGAACGGAGAGGUUAAGCUUAAACUGAUGGGCUCUGUGCCAUUUAGUAUUCAAAACUCAUAUAAGAAUUAUUACACUUUAAUUGUAAAUGGUCCUCUCGACAGAGAGAGCGCGUCUCAGUAUAAUGUCACUAUUAUAGCUACUGAUGAAGGGACCCCACCUCUCUCUAGUUCCACUAUAAUUACUGUACACGUUUCUGAUGUGAAUGACAACCCACCACGCUUUCCAGAGCCCGUCAUUAAUGUUUACGUGAAAGAAAAUAGUCAGAUAGGAGCUGUAAUUCAUACAGUAUCUGCUUUUGAUCCUGAUGUAGGUGAUAAUGCCAGAAUAACAUACUCAUUGAUAGAAAGCUCUAAAAGCACCUCAGUAACAUCCCUGGUGAACAUAAACUCUGACAGUGGAGAUAUUCACAGUUUACAGUCUUUUAACUAUGAAGAGAUGAAAACGUUUCAGUUUAAAGUUCAGGCCACAGACUCUGGAGCUCCUCCACUGAGCAGUAACGUGAGUGUGAACGUUUUUAUCCUGGAUGAGAAUGACAACAGUCCCGGGAUUCUCGCUCCCUAUUCUGAGCACGGCUCCGUUAACACCGAGAACAUUCCCUAUUCUGCUGAAGCGGGCUACUUUGUGGCCAAGAUCAGGGCUGUAGACGCGGAUUCCGGUUAUAACGCGCUGCUUUCUUAUCACAUCUCUGAACCCAAAGGAAACAAUCUGUUCCGGAUCGGAAGCAGCAGCGGGGAGAUCAGGACUAAGAGGAGAAUGAGUGACAAUGACCUGAAAACCCACCCGCUGGUCAUUGUGGUCUCUGAUAGCGGAGAGCCCUCACUGUCAGCCACUGUGUCUAUUGAUAUUGUGGUGGUCGAAAGCACAGGUGACAUCCAGACUCAGUUCAAACACGCUCCGAUGAAGGAGGAGAGCUUCUCGGAUCUAAACCUGUAUCUGCUGAUCGCCAUUGUGUCGGUUUCAGUCAUCUUUUUACUGAGCCUCAUCAGUUUAAUAGCAGUAAAAUGCUGCAGGACAGACGGCAGUUUCAGCAGGUACAGCGCCCCAGUGAUCACCACGCACCCUGAUGGGAGCUGGUCUUACUCCAAAUCCACUCAGCAGUACGACGUGUGUUUUAGCUCCGACACUCUGAAGAGUGACGUAGUGGUUUUCCCUGCGCCAUUUCCGCCUGCAGAUGCGGAACUGAUCAGUAUUAAUGGAGGAGACACUUUUACCAGAACACAGACUCUCCCUAAUAAAGAGAAGGUAAGAAAAAAAAUAACUAAUGUUUAG